GCAGAAUAGGUUGCCUCAGGUCGUGCUUUCCUGUGUUUAUGUCCUAACCCUCACAUCGUCCUUUGCAUAUCAUAUGCAGUCUACAAUCUGAAAUCUACAAUCCUUUGCCUCCAUAUUUCUCCAGAUCGAGCGGAUAUUCACAUCCCAGACCAGACCAAUCUAAAUUGUUCCUGAUUGGUCAUCGUCCCCUGCCUGGACCGAGCAGGGGCGGAAGUACAGCUACCGACUCAGUCGGUUUCAUUAGUUACAACAAAACAGAAAAACCGAUACAUCUAUGCGCUGCCGCAUGGGAAUUCUUACGGACAGGACAGAUACGACGCAUCGCAUUUGAUAUGUAAGCUGAGUUAUUCAGUUCGUAGUUGUUUACAGACAGUAACUAGUAACUCUAACAGUUAAUGUGGACUUUACGCUAAACACCAGCAUUAGCUGUAACAAGCUAUGAGUUGCAAAAGCAACGUAGCGAACUAAUGACAUCGAAUUAUCGUAAUCUCAAAUGUGUUUAUGUUCGCUACGGGUGAGCUAUGCAUCUACUUGUUAGGGUUGUGUUUUGUGAACCAAAUUUACAGUUUUUCAGUUGCAGCAUCAUAGUUGGUUAGUUAUCUAGUUCGGACCAAAUGCUCGAAUUUAUGACAGUUCACUUGUAAUAGUAGCUUGUAAGUUAGCUGUAGCUGACUGCAAGAACACCAACCAAGGUUAGCAUUAAUCAGUGGAGCCCCGACGUUUGCACGUUCGUGUAUGUUCAUUUCGGUUUGCCGCACGACGAAGGACAUCAAAACUGGGAACGGUGCCUGGGUGAGUCUGGUCUGAGAACAGUCCUGUACGAAUGGCGGGAAACCGGAGAGAUCCUGGAGUCUGGCACCAAACCAAGAGUCUGCUCCACAAAAACCUUCUCAUCAAAUGGAGGACAAAGCAACAGAGUCUGCAGGAGUUGAUUCUACCCUUGGUGCUACUGGGCCUCCUGAUUCUCAUCAGUACUCUCAACCCUCAUGUUUACUAUGGAGGCUUCAACACUGUCACCCUGAAGAGUGAAAUCAACCUUUCCUUCAAAUCCCUGGGCUACACCCCUGUCAACAACAUCACCACCCACAUAAUGGAGAUGGUGUCCCAUUCUCUGGAUGUUGUGUUGGAGAUGUUUUCCACUGAGCAGGAGCUGGAGAACGCCAGCCUGCACGAGCCCUCACGCUUUGUGGGCGUGGUCUUUCUGGAUGGGAUGUCCUAUCAGCUGCGUUUCCCCUACAAGGAGCUGCCCCUCCCCAGCGACUACACAGAGUCUUUUGCAAGCUGUUUGGAGGAUUCUGUCAACUGCAGUGCUGCAAACUACUGGUACUCCGGUUUUAUCCGGCUACAGUCCUACAUCGAUGCUGCCAUCAUACAGAUGCAGACGCAGCAGGAUGUGUGGCCAGCUCUCUCGGGCCUGCGGGUGGUGAUGAUGGGGCAGCCCGGCUGGGUGGAGAUGCAGAAGUUCUCGCACGCGGUGAGCUCCGUGUACCUGGUGCUCGCCUUCACUCCCUUCGUCUCCUUCCUCAUCGCCAACAUCGCCGCAGAGAAGGAGCACCGCCUCAAAGACACCAUGAGCAUGAUGGGCCUGUACGACUCCGCCUUCUGGCUCUCCUGGGGACUGCUCUACGCGGUGCUGGUUACUGCCAUGUCUGUCCUGAUGUCCAUCAUCGCCACCUGCACCGCCCUCUUCCCCAACAGCAACAUAGUCCUCAUCUUCCUCCUCAUCUUCCUCUACGGAAUCUCCUCUAUCUUCUUCUCCUUCCUGAUGACGCCGCUCUUUAAGAAGCCCAAGUUUGCCAGCACUGUGGGCUCCAUGCUGACAGUGGUGUUGGGUUGCCUGUCCCUCUUCACCGUGCUAAUCAAGGGCUUCCCCCAGCCCCUGGUCUGGGUCCUGUGUGUGUUCUCCCCUAGUGCCUUCUCUAUCGCUAUCGCCCAGGUGGUGUACCUGGAGGCCCAAGGGGACGGGGCGGUGUUCUCCACACUGGGCGAUGGGCCUCACCCUCUCUAUGCCCCCCUGGUCAUGCUCCUGCUGGACAGCGCCCUCUACCUGCUGCUUGCCCUCUACCUGGACCAGGUGCUCCCAGGUGAGUUUGGGAUGCGGCGUUCCUUGCUGUACUUCCUGAAGCCCUCCUAUUGGUCGCGGCGCAGGCUGCGGUACAUGGAGGUGAGCUCGGUGUGUGAGAGGGAGCUGAGCAGAGGCCCCUCCCCCGCUGGGCCUGCAGACCCCGCCCAGCCCAUCGAACCCGUCUCACCUGAGUUCCGCGGGAGAGAAGCCAUCAGGAUCAGUAAUCUGAGGAAGGUGUAUAAAGAGAAGGACAACACUGUGGAAGCUCUGAGAGGCCUGUCCUUUGAUGUCUACGAGGGGCAGAUCACCGCCCUGCUGGGUCACAGUGGAGCUGGGAAAUCCACCCUGAUGAGCAUCCUGUGUGGCAUCUGCCCUGCGACUGAAGGCAGUGCCAGUAUCUAUGGUGCGUCGGUGAGUGAGAUUGCGGACGGCCCAGAGAUGCGACAGCUGGUGGGGAUCUGUCCGCAGUUCAACAUCAUGUUUGACGUUCUGACGGUGGAGGAGCACCUGCACAUAUUCUCUGCCAUUAAAGGCAUACCUGCAGCCGAGGCCGCCAGCCAGGUAUCGAAGGUUCUGAGGGAUCUGGACUUGGAGAAGAUCAAGGACGCCCAGGCCAGGAACCUGAGUGGUGGCCAGAAGAGAAAACUGUGUGUGGGCAUCGCCAUCCUGGGGGACCCUAAGGUCCUGCUCCUGGAUGAGCCCACUGCAGGUCUGGACUGCUCCUCUCGGCAUCAGGUCUGGACUUUGCUGAGGAGCCGCAGGGCCGGCCGGGUCACUGUCCUCUGCACUCACUACAUGGACGAGGCCGACCUCCUGGCUGAUCGUAAGGCCGUGAUCUCUCAGGGUCAGGUGAAGUGUGUGGGUUCUUCUCUCUACCUCAAGACCAAGUGUGGAGUCGGCUAUCACCUCAGAAUGUCAGUGGCGGAGGCGAAUGAGGUAGAUCGUAUCACCGCAUUGGUCAAGCAGCACAUCGCCACCGCGCAGUUGUCACGACAACAGGAGGCGGAGCUUACGUACACACUGCCAUUCGAAAGCAUGGACAUGUUCUCAGGUCUUUUCUCAGAGCUGGACUGUCGGCCUGACCUUGGCAUUAGCAGCUACGGGGUUUCUAUGACGACGCUUGAGGAUGUCUUCCUGAGGCUGGAGGCAGAGGCUGAAGUGGACCAAGCAGACUAUAGUGUGUUUAAUCAGGAGCAGGAGGAUGAGCAUGAGGCCUCUUCGCUGGAUGACGAGCGGCUCCUCUUCCUCUCUGACGGCCGUGCUGUGGGUGUGGCCGGCCCUGCCCUGUGGAGACAGCAGUGUGGGGCGGUGACCCGUCUGCACAUCCUCAACCUGCAGCGCGAGAGACCCGUCAUCUACCUCUUGGCCAUGUUUGGGACCUUCCUGCUGUCCGUCCUGACGCUGUCCCUGAUCACUGGAAACAUUCAGUUCCAGGCUCCAGAUCGGCAGUUCCUCCCGAUCUACCUGCUGGGGGCCAAUCGGCCGCCCCAGAGACACAGCACCGCCCUUCUGGUGCAGAACUCCUCCGACGCAGAUAUCUCAGAGUUUCUGCGCUGUGUGCAGUCUCAGGACAUCGUGCUGGAGCUGCAGCAGGAUCCGGACUACAUGGCGUCUGCCCCACACAGUGCUGCUAUCACCGUCAGCGGAGCCAGCAGGGAUGUGAGGUAUCAGGUGGCCUUUAACAGUACUACAGUGCACUCCCUGCCCAUGGUGCUGAACGUGCUGAGCAACUCCAUCCUGUGCCAUCACAACAGCUCCGCCCGCAUCCGCACCUGGACCAAACCAUUCCAGUUUCAGAUGACGGACUCCAUGUCGAACGCUCUGGUCUACAUCGAGGCUGUGCUUCUGGGCAUGCUUGCUGCCGGGACCCCCGCCUACUUCGCCAUGGAGCACACACGUGACCGUGAGAUUAAGUGCCGCUCCACGCUGCGGGUUUCGGGGCUGGUUCCCUCGGCGUACUGGUGUGGGCGGGGCCUGGUGGACGUGCCGCUGUUCUACCUGCUGCUGGUGUGCAUGGUGUCCACCCUGUUCGCCUUCCACACGCCGGACCUGAUAUACCCCUCUGCCAUCGUCUCUACGAUCCUGUGUGUGAUUGGCUCAGGGCCGGCAGCGGUCCUCUGUACCUACGCCGUGUCCUUCAUGUUCACGCGUGUCCAGAGCAACAGAGACUUCCUGUCUGUGGUGUCCAUGAUGGUGUGUGUGGUCAGUGCGUCGAUGGUCCAGAUGGCCUACAUUAAUGGCGGUGCGGUUCUGGCCCAAGUCCUCCACAGCAUCCUGUGCUUCUGCAGCCCGUUCUAUCCGCUGAUUGGCUGCCUCAGCGGCAUCAGUCAGGCCACCUUCCUGACCCCUGGCUCUGAAGGUCACCGGUUCCUGUGGAAAGCUCAGAUUAUCUCCGUGGCAGCUCCCUAUCUGCAGGUGGUCCUGCUUCUGUUGCUGCUGCGCUGGCUGGAGAUCCGCAGUGGUGGGAGGGCCCUGAGGAGCGACCCGCUGUGCAGGAUCCGGCCCCGCCCAGCAGGGGGCAGCAGGGCGCAGCUGAACCCAGAGGAUUGUGGGAAUGAAGACGAGGAUGUGCGGUUGGAGCGAGCGCGAGUGAAGGAGGCGCUGACCUGCCAGAGCGGCGAGGAGAAGCCAGCAGUGUUGGUCAGUGAUCUGAGCAAGGUGUACUCUGGGAGAAAGGAGGGUGUGGCUUUCAGUAAGAAGAUGAAGGUGGCCACCAAUAACAUCUCAUUCUCUGUGCGCAAAGGAGAGGUGUUGGGUCUGCUGGGACCUAACGGUGCAGGGAAGACCACCAUCAUGCACAUGCUCGCAGGAGAUCUGGAUCCAACCUCUGGCCAGGUUUUGAUGGGAGAUUAUGGUAUGGAGCAUCGGCCGGGGGACACGCCCCAGGAGCGGUUGGGGUACUGCCCCCAGACCAGCCCCCUGUGGCCCAGGAUCACUGUGCUGGAGCACCUGGAGAUCUACGCACACGUCAAAGGGCUCCACCCCCAGGAUGUCCCGGACAUCAUCAAACGGGUGGUGAGUGCUCUGGAGCUGAGGGAGCAUCUACACAAGAGAGCAAAGAGCCUGUCUGCCGGAAUCAAGAGGAAGCUGUGUUUUGCACUGAGCAUGCUGGGAAAUCCUCAGAUUGUCCUCCUGGACGAACCGUCUGCAGGGAUGGACCCUAAGUCCAAGCAGCGGAUGUGGAGGGCGAUACGCUCAGCCUUUAAGACUGGGCAGCGAGGCGCUGUGCUGACCACUCACUACAUGGAGGAGGCCGAGGCAGUGUGUGACCGUGUCGCCAUCAUCGUCUCAGGCCGCCUCCGCUGUAUCGGGUCCAUCCAGCACCUAAAGGGGAAAUAUGGGCGGGGCUACAGCCUGGAGGUGAAGCUGCGGGAGGAGGGGGCGGGGCUUGAGCGGGCAGAGCACUUACACCAGGAGCUGCUGAAGAUCUUCCCCCACGCAGUGCGACAGGACAGUUUUGUAACUUUGAUGGUGUACAGGGUUCCGAUGGAGGAUGUCCAGUGUCUGGCUGACUCAUUUUCCCAGCUUGAGAGUGCGAAGCGGACAUUCAGCUUUGAGGAGUAUAACUUCUCCCAGUCCACACUGGAGCAGGUGUUCCUGGAGUUUGCGAAGCAGCAGGAGAGCCAGGAGGAGGAGGCGGGGUCUCUGAGCAGCUCCUUCCGCUGGCAGCGGCUGCGUCAGGAUGGCCCCGCCCCCCACAGCAACAGCCCCGCCCCCCACAUUGACAGCCCCGCCCCCCACAGUGACAGCGUUGUCCUGCAGCUCUGACCACGCCCAUCCACCCGCCAGGCCACGCCCCCCACCUGCACUGAUGCCGCCCCUUCUGCUCUCCACAGCAGACAGUCACACACUAACCCCGCCUCCCCGUUAUGAACACACAUCACACUAACCCCGCCUCCCCGUUAUGAACACACAUCACACUAACCCCACCUCCCCGUUAUGAACACACAUCACACUAACCCCGCCUCCCCGUUAUGAACACACAUCACACUAACCCCGCCUCCCCGUUAUAAACACACAUCACACUAACCCCCCCUCCCCCUAUCUUCACCACGCGCACACACACACCCAGUCAUGAACGCACACUACAAAUACAUACGCUCUAUGUACGCACACACAAAGCGAAUCAUAUUUUCUUACAUUAGUGUGUUGUGUCUCCCUGUGCGUGUGUGUGUGUGUGUGUGUACAUGUGUACAGAGGUGUGUUUAGCAGUAAUGAUCAUCUUCCCCUAAGAGUGACUGUAAUAGUGUUGGUUCCUUUGUGAGCUGGUCUUAUGGUGACCGACAUGGUUGGAAGGGCAGCCUAUUUGAGUUUCUAAAUAAAAUUGUAUUUAGUUUUUUUUAAGUGCAAUAUCUGUGUGUGCGGGCGUGUGCAAGUGUGUGUGUGUGUGUGUGUGUGUGUGUAGGCAUGUGUGCGGACGCGUGUAUGUGUGUGCAUGUGUGUGUGGGUACGUGUGUGCGGGCGGGUGUGUGUGCAUGUGUGUUUGUGUGUGACACAUAGCGUGGGCUAGUGGUGUGUGUGUGUGUGUGUGUGUGUGUCACACAUAGCGUGGGCUGGUGGUGGAGUGUGUGUGUGUGACACAUAGCGUGGGCUGGUGGUGUGUGUGUGUGUGUGUGUGUGUGUGUGUGUGUGUGUGUGUGUGUGUGUGUGUGUGUGUGUGACACAUAGCGUGGGCUGGUGGUGUGUGUUUUGCUGUAUGAGGUGCAGUGCUUCGCUGGGUGAAUUUUAAUCUUUUAUAAUAAUGUGUAAUAUGUUCACUCCAGACUUCCUGAUUUUCCUUUAAUAAAAACUUAUUAAAGGGAAAUAUUUUUCCCAAAA